GAUCCGAAUCAGUCUACGGCGGCAAAGACUAGGCCAUCGUCGUGGUACCGUACCAAUGGAGGAAGGCGCCGCGGGGAGGACGAGGACGGCGGCGGUGUGCGUGACCGGCGCGGGGGGAUUCGUGGGCUCCUGGCUCGUCCAGCGCCUCCUCGCCGGCGGCCGGUACAUGGUCCAUGGCACCGUCCGCGAUCCCGGCGGCGCCAAGAACGCGCACCUGGCGGCGCUGGGCGGCGCCGCGGAGCGGCUGCGGCUGUUCAGGGCCGACGUGCUGGACUACGGCGCCGUGGCGGCGGCCGUCGCCGGCUGCGACGGCGUCUUCCACGUCGCCUCCCCGGUCCCCUCCCACGCCAUCGCUGACCCCGAGGUCGAGCUGCUCGCUCCCGCCGUGACGGGCACCGCGAACGUCCUCAAGGCGUGCUCCGAGGCCAAGGUCAGGAGGGUCGUCGUGGUGUCGUCGCUCUCGGCCGUGAUGGUGAACCCUGCCUGGCCGCAGAGCCAGGUCAUGGACGAAGCCUGCUGGUCUGACGUCGAGUUCUGCAGAUCCACUCAGAACUGGUAUUGCCUGUCCAAGACACUGUCAGAGCUCGAGGCGUUCGACCACGCCGAGAGGUCCGGGCUGGACGUGGUGUCACUCUGCCCGUCCCUGGUGAUCGGCCCCCUGCUGCAACCUACACUGAACGCGAGCAGCUCCGUCAUCGUCGAUUGCUUGAAAGGGGAUCGCGAGGUGAAGCUGAAGCUAAGGAACUUCGUGGACGUCCGCGACGUCGCCGACGCUCUGCUCCUGGUGUACGAGACUCCGGAGGCGUCGGGGAGGUACAUCUGCGAUGCGUACGCAAGUCAGAUGUCCGACGUCGUGGAGAUGCUGAAGAGCUGGUAUCCGACUUACAAGAAUGCCACCAAAUUCGUGCGAGUGAGCGACGAGCCUUUGUUCAGCUCCAAGAAGCUGGAGGCGCUGGGCUGGAAAUUCAGGCCGUUUGAGGAGACCCUCAGGGACAGCGUCGAGUCCUUCAGGGCGGCAGGUGUCCUGGAUUGAACAAACAGCGCCCAGUCCUGUACGCGUAUUAGCUUCAUCAAAGUUGUUUGUGCUUCUGCAUCCUUUGACUUGAGAAUUGGAAUGGGGGAAAUGUAUAAAAAUCAAAGGGACAAAGUU